UUAGUCAACAUUCUUCAAGGUUCAUAAAUUCUAAGUACAACCUGGGGAGGCUUAUUUUACCACCAAAGUGGUAGUUCAACACCAUUCUGGCGCACAAACGUAGACAUAUUGAUUGUAUUAUAUUAUUGCAUGAAUACGCACUAAACAGGCUGAGUGAUAGAUAAGGAACCAAAAGGAAAAUAAUUAAUCAUCUACUUGUAUCUAGUUUGUCAAUAAGGGAGACCUCUGAGAAGUUAAAAAGGAGAGGGUAAUCGGAGAUUUAGACGGAGUAAAGGGGCCAACGGCCAGGCAACGGUGGGAACAUAUACAGCAUACCUAGGAUAUAUACAGAACCAAAGAAGACAAAAGAAAGCUAUUACACUGCACAUUAAAUGCAAUUUUUAUACCAAAUAUAAUACAAAGGCGACGAGAAAAUAAUCAAUGACAAAUGCAUUUUUGGAGUUAGAAAGUGAGGGAAUAUUCAUAAAGGGAAACAGUAUAUCUUCCGAAAAAACAACCAUAUGAUUGAAUAAAUUAAAACAAAAUUCCCAUUUGCACACAGAAAGAACAACAGAGGGAAAAAAACAAAACUUUUCACGACAGUCGGUACCUAGCGACAUUAGGACUGAACGAUUUGGCUAGGAGAAAUAAAGGAGGGCAAGUCGAUGUGGCUGAAAUCCGACAGGAUGGACGUGUUGGGGAAAGUAUGGACGGCGCGGAAACUGAUUUUGGUCGUCCUUAUCCCACUGUCCCUACUCCCACUACCACUUAUCCACCCGACCAGUGAGGCAUCCUGUGCAUAUGUGCUUAUAGUGACCGCAGUGUACUGGGUGUCGGAGGCUGUGCCCCUGGGUGCUGCUGCUUUGGUCCCGGCGUUCCUGUAUCCGCUGUUCGGGGUUCUCAAGUCAAGUGAGGUGGCUGCGGAGUACUGCAAAGACACCACGCUGCUGCUGAUUGGUGUGAUCUGUCUGGCUGCCUCCAUCGAGAAAUGGAACCUUCACAAACGGAUCGCCCUGCGUAUGGUCAUGAUUGCUGGCGCAAAGCCUGGCAUGCUGGUGCUGGGGUUUAUGUGCUGCACCGUGUUCCUGUCCAUGUGGCUGAGUAACACGUCCACCACUGCCAUGGUGAUGCCCAUCGCCGAGGCAGUCCUGCAGCAGCUCAUCAGCACUGGCGUGGCCGACGCCCAGGAGGACUCCGACACCAUUGAGGCCCCCGACGACGACAGUGACAAAGAAGAGAAUCUGGACAAGAACCAGCUUGAGCUGCUGUAUCGUAGACAAAGCAGCUGUGGGAAACAGGAGCUCUGCACUCUGUCUGAGGAGCCUGAUCACCUGACACAGAAACCCAGUCAAGGCCCCAAUGGACAUCUGCCACAGACAGCAGUCAGCAUCCCAGAGCCCCAGAGGCCAGCAAAGAAGAACUCUCCGUACCCCACCAAGAGGGACCACAUGAUCUGCAAGUGCCUCUCCCUCAGCAUCACAUACGCGGCCACCAUCGGAGGCCUGAUAACGAUCACUGGCACCUCCACCAACCUCAUCUUUGCUGAGCAAUUCAACAGCCGCUACCCUGAAGCAAAGGUCAUUAACUUUGGCACCUGGUUCAUCUUCAGCUUGCCCAUCUCCAUCAUCAUGCUGGUGCUCACCUGGGUGUGGCUCCACUGUUUAUUCCUGGGCUGCAAUUUCAGAGAGACCUGCUCUCUGAGCAAGAAACGCAAGACCCGGAGGGAGGAGAUGUCGGAGAGAAGGAUCCAGGAGGAGUACAUGAAGCUGGGGCCCAUCAGCUACCCUGAGGUGGUGACGGGCAUCUUCUUCAUCUUGAUGACCUUGCUGUGGUUCACCCGGGAACCCGGGUUUGUGCCAGGCUGGACCUCGCUGUUUGAGAAGAAGGGCUACCGGACCGACGCCACCGUGUCCGUGCUCCUGGGCUUCCUGCUCUUCCUCAUCCCCGCCCGCAGGCCCUGGCCAUUGGCCUCCACAGACAAAGCAGAUGAGAGCUCAGUGAAAGAGCAGGACUCAGACCCUCUCGCCCCCAUGAUCACAUGGAAGGACUUCCAGAAACUGAUGCCCUGGGAGAUUGUUAUCCUGGUGGGUGGGGGUUAUGCCCUAGCAGCCGGGUGUAAGGUAUCAGGGCUGUCUGUCUGGAUUGGGCGACAGCUGGAGCCCAUGAGCGGCCUGCCCCCCUGGGCCGUCACCCUGCUGGCCUGUCUGCUCGUGUCCACCGUCACCGAGUUCGCCAGCAACCCGGCCACGCUCACCGUCUUCCUGCCCAUCCUAUCGACACUGUCAGAGACCCUGAAGAUUAACCCUCUACACACCCUCAUCCCUUCCACCAUGUGCGUGUCCUUCGGGGUCAUGCUGCCCGUGGGGAACCCCCCCAACGCCAUCGUGUUCAGCUACGGACACGUGCAGAUAAGCGACAUGGUGAAGGCAGGUUUUGGGGUCAACUUGAUUGGGGUUCUGGUAGUCAUGCUGGCUAUCAUGACAUGGGGAGUCCCACUCUUCCAGCUGACAGAGUUUCCAGUCUGGGCCAUAACCAGCAAUGUCACUAACAGCUUGUAGCCACAAGGGGGCGAGAGCGAGAAGAAACAGACUUUGUAGUGGGAAAGGAAGGAAGUAAAGGAGGAAGAUAUCGGAAGCCACAUCUCCUACAGAAGAUUCCAAAUUGGAUAAGACUCACAUCUCCCAUCCUCUGAAAAGCUUCACUGCUUAGUCUUCAUGUUGACUGGUUGGCCAGGUUUGAUGAUUGACAGGUUGGGGUUAAGGGUGCAGAGAGUGAGAUACAGUGACCACAGGGGAGGCGAGGAGGGAAAAGAGGAGCUCUGGGAAGUCACUGAGACGUAUCUGGAUGAUGUUGGUGAUGGAAUGGUUGAGUUAAGUCAUUUCCCUUAUCUCAGAUGGAAAUGUACACUGUGAUUACCAUGGAGGACCUAAGUUUAUCCAGUCUCACUUGUAAAUUCUAGUUUGUUUCGGGAUUAGAGUAGUAGCUUCUACACACACAAGUUAACCCAGUAAAUACCUUCUCUUUUAGGAUAUAGGUUUUUAUAUUAAAAUGUUCCUGUAAGACUGUACAAAGGAUCAUUAUUUGAAAAAAACAAAACAUAAAACAAUUUCAUUGCAUUCAAUGCACAUGUUUUCCUGUCACUCACAGGAAAUACACUGGCACAUGGCCUGAAUUAUUAUGUUAAUUAAUUAAAAAGUAUAUCCAGUUCAAAAUACGUGCAGUACGAUUUACCAGGACAUAAAACAAAUGUGUGUGAACCAAGUGUUUCAUUUGAAGAACUGAACAGAUGACUAGUAACCAUGGGCCAAAGUUACUCAAAAUAUACAGCAUUAAUCUGCAUAUCUCAAUGUUACUCUUCAGACAAAAUUAAUAUUUUAUACAUCUCUGUAUUCAUAAAUUUGUCAUAUGUGCAACUCUUAGAAUAAAGUUGGGAAUACGCACAAGCAAAAUAAUAACAGAGGGAAGGCAAAGUAAACAAAAAACAGUGCCUCUGAAAUGUACAUAAUUACCAACAUUGUUUUCCUAAUAUAUUUUUACUCAAAUUAACACUAAUUAUAACCAUGUUUGUAAUUUUUUGUUGGGCAAAAAUAACAGACAUAACAGAAAGUAUUCAAAUGGAAUCUUUGAUACUGCGCUAUUUAUUAAGUGAGUCUCACAUCAUUUUUAUUCUCUGCACAGAACUUAAACAUAUCUGCUAGUUUGAGAAUCUGGACACAAACCUAUGUUAAUACUAAGAAAAACAUAGAGAAUAUAGAAUAAUGUGCCUUUCAUGUUUUUUGUCCAUGUAUAAUGACUUUUUUGAAUACUUGAAUCACUGACAGUUUAACAAUGUUUGUAACACACAUUAAACAUCCCAGAAGUUACAUAAGAUACAAUAAUGACAACUAAUAAAAGAACUCAAAAACUAAA